AUGCUACCUCGAAGCCGUGCAAUCCAGGCCAUCAAGCCUGCCCUGAGACCUAUCCAACCCCUGCAGUCUGGGUCACGGCAGUCUAGAAGAGCCUAUGCGUCCACACGCCCAGAUGCCCCAGGGGCCUAUAACAGCAGGGUACCAAUAAUUGCCGUCGGAAGCGUCUUGGCCUUUGUGCCCUUCUACUACGUCUUCCACAGCACCAAGCCAGCGGCGUCCGGUAAUGCGGAGAUCACAGAGGCGAGGAGGCAAGGGAACCCGGCGAACGAGUAUCGGGAUCCUCGAGACAGUCCUGUCAAGACAUUGGAGCAGCAGAAGAAGGCGAGGGGGAGCAACUGA